AUGGUGAUGACGGUGCUGGCACCACCACGCACCCUCUCCCUGCAGCAACUGCAGGCGGCGGCCCUGAACCAGCUGGAGGCGGCGAAGGUGCGCAGCGUCUCAGGUCUCCAGGCCGCUGUUGACGGCAGCGUCCGCCGUGACAUCUGUCUGUCUGUCAUGCCUUCCAGACUUGUGCUGCCAGAGCAUGGCCAGAUCAGCAGCUCAUGCUGCGUCCUUGUCAUGAGCCUGGGAGCGCUCAGCGUAAAGAGCAAUAAGAGUGACAAGAGCGUAAAGAGCAACAAAAGUGAGAAGAGCGGUCUCCCAUACGCCUCCUACGACCAAUAUUGCGUCAGACUGACCGAUGUCCAGGUGGUGGUGUGCGGGGCAGAUGAACCAUGGCAGGAUGCGCUGCUAUCUACAGACGCUACAUGCCUCUCCCCCGACGCAAAGGGCACCUCCCCCGACGCAAAGGGCACCUCCCCCGAUUCAAAGGGCGCCUCCCCCGAAGUCACGGGCACCUACACCGAGCUCUUCCCCCGCCUGUCUCCCCCAGACACUGCUAAUCCCCCUCCUGAAGAAGGAGUUCGUCCCCCACGUCCACACUCGUUAAGUCUUCCCCCUGGGGACGCGUGUUGUGGCCCCGACACCCCGGCGGCUACCAAGUACAUCCUGCCCCCCACGCAUCUACAGGUUGACGUACACGUGUGCGUGGUAAGUGACAUGCCAGGGCUGCCGAGGCUGCGUGUCGCUGCCUCACUGCCUGUCCUCAGCCUCACGCUCUCCGACGACCGGCUGACGCAGGUAGCCCACAUCGCCCACAGCAUCUCUAGGGCGCAUGACGUCCUGACCCCUCCAUCACCUCCCAUAUAUCAGGAGAUGGACAUGAACAUGAACGUUAUGUUGGACGCGGGUUGUGCUGCUGCGGCCGCGGCGUCGCUGGGGGCGGCGCCCCUGGAGCAGCAGGACGGCGCCCCCCAUCAGGAGAGCCCGCAGUUCGUCAACCUGGCGCUGUCCUUCCGAGUCCAGGAGGUGUCGGUGGUGCUGGUGACGAUGGGUGAUGGUGGGCGCGUGAUGCCGCUGCUGUCAGUGCGCGUGCAGCAGCUGGGCGGGGCGGUCACGCACCGCUCCCACGACAUGAAGGUUGAGCUCUACCUGCAGCACCUUACCGUACAGAAACAAGGGGCGGGGGCGGUGGAGUUAGUCAGCACUCACUUCAAGGCGGGGGCGGUGGACUUCAAGCUACCGUCAGUGGACGUGCCUGACACACCGGGGCCCGCAGCCCCCCUCGACAUCCACUUCCUGCCCCCCGGCGCCCCCGACUGCGUCCUGCUGCGCUUCGUCUACAAGGCGGUGUCAGAGAGCAGUCCUGACCUACACACGGUGUACAAGUCAACAUGUCAACACAUACACCUACACAUGGCGGCCCUCAGCCUCCAUCUGGAGCUCAACGCUAUAGCCUCCAUCGUAGCCACCGCCCAGAAGUUCCAGGCGCGUCUACGUCAUCUCUCGGACACACGUCCGUCCUCGGUGACGUCAUCACGUCCUCCUGACGAAGGCCUGGCAGCGCCGCUGAGUGCCUCGUCGUCGGGGUCGUCGCCCCCCAUGCUCACCCCCCCUGAGGAGCUCCCCUCGUCCCCCGCCCCCGGCAUCGUCCUCGUCAAGAAGGACCUCGUCACGGGACAGAAGAUCAGUGCCAAACGUGCUGCGGGUGUGGUGCUGCUGCGUCUACACGCCGCCCUCCAGCAGGUGUCAGUCACCCUCAGCAGGGGUGACCUACACGUCGCAUAUGCACACGUCACGGGGCUGACGGUCGGGGUGGUGCAGGAGAGCAGCAAAAUCGUUGUCAAGUCUUCCCUGCGCGACGUGGGUGUUACCGAUCCUCGUCCCAGCGCCCUACACACGCACAUGGUGAGGGUGGAGGACAGUAGCGCGUGGGACUGUCACGUGGAGCUGUACAGCGCCCCAGACACACGUGAACGUCACGUGUGUCUCGACGACGUCGACGUGCGCGUCUGCUUAACUAUGGGCAAGACGAGGCUACUGCUGCUACACUCCUUCAUCUCCGACGUCUUGUGCUGGGUGACUGCGGUGCAGGGGGAGAUGUCCUCCCCACUGGCGGGGGCUGGGGGAGCUGCUGCUGAGGCUGCGCGUGCCAACCUCAACGAGAUGUACAGUCAGCAACUGCGCCUAGCUCUUGACUGUACCAUCAAGGCCCCGCUAGUGGUGGUGCCCGAGGGUGGGCACAGCAGCGCAGGGUUGCUCAUCAACCUGGGCGAGUUGCGGGUUGCAAACCAGCUGGAGGUGACGACGCAGCGCAACCAGCUGGGGCAACCCGCCUUGUUUGACUGCGUCAGCAUGGCGCUCACUGACGUCACUGUAGCCGCCACGGACGACGUGUCCCAACCACCCACGACGUCAUCGUCGACGCUCCUCGCCCCUACGUCCUUCAGCGUCGCCGUCAGGAGGAACCUCUCUAGUGCCUGGUUACUAGACGUGCCACUAGUGACGGUCACUGCCACCCUGCACCCCAUACACAUGUUGGUGCGUGAGGCAGACGUUCGUCUGGUGAUGCUCCUCCUGCAGCACAACCUGGGGCAGGCGGGCGCCAUGCCUCCUGCUGCUGCUGGGCCUCCUGCUGCAGACGUAGGUGGGGCCCUAGGUGGGCCCGUGGUGCUGGUGGCUGACGCUGACGGGGGCCCCGUAAGUGUCAGUCGCCCCACAGCCUUCGUCAGCUUCACCGUCCAGGCCCUGACACUGCAGCUCUACGCUGACAUGCCCUCCACUGAGGGGCGGUGCCCCCCGUCAUGCGGGUCGCCGCUGUCACGGCUGACACUGCACAGGACUGAGCUGACUGUAGACGUACAGUCUGACGGUCACGUCAUGUCCAGCCUUACUGUACACGACUGUACCGUCGAUGACAUCAGGCCUGUUAACACGGGCACGGGCAUCACGAGGCUGCUGGAGAGGAAAAGUUCCUCUCUCGGGGGGGCGGCGCCCCCCGCUGACGCCCCCACCUCCAUGUUGGUGAUGAGCCUCACCCGCACCAUCACGGGGGACAUGGAUGUGACGCUGCGGGUCUCCAGCUUCCUGCUGGUGCUGCACCUGCCUUACCUCCUGAAGCUGCAGGCCUUCUUCCUCGACAACCUCAACCCUGGGGGCCCUGGGGACCCUGAGGCAGAUCAUCAGAGUGGCCUCACUCAUGGGGAUUAUGCCUCAGUGGGGACCAUAGAUGCCCCACAGGGAGGGCUUGUCCCCACGGCCUCAGUAGCUGUCCAGCGGUCACAGUCUCACUCUGGCCGAGGCCGUACCGUGGCUAAGGAGAACAUGGCGGGGGGCGGCGGGCUCCUGAAGGUGGCGGUGACGUUAGAACAGCCUGACAUCGCCGUCGUGCACGACAUAUUCGACAUCAACACACCCGCCAUCUUCCUACAUGGCGCCAUCACAAGCAAGGUGAUGAUGUGUGAUGAGCAGCGCAACGUCAGGGCGACGUUGCAGCGUCUGCAGCUCUACACCUGCGUCUACAACGUCGAACGUCGCGCCGCCUCCAUGUCCCAGAUUGUGAGCGAGUUCACGAUGGAGGUGGUUGACAGCGCGACUGCCAGCCACGCUGACAGCCUGCAAGUCAAGCUCGGUGAAGUUGACUUCCGCUGCACGCCUGAUGCCGUGGAGCUGGUGUCGUGUGUGCUGCAGUCGCUGGGGAGGCUGGACGAGCCCCCGCCCCCCGCCGAGGGAGGGGGUGUGGGGGGUGUGGCCCCCCCACAGGACCGCUCCCUCGUGUGGCUCCCCAGAGACGCGGACCUCAGCCUCCUGCCCGCCCUCCACAUCGAAGAGGGCACGGAGGCCGUGGACAGCGCCCCCGAGUACCCCCCGGGGCCCCCCGAGGUGGGGCCCUCCUCCAGCAGGAGGGGCACAGAAUCUGCGGUGUUGGAGUUGGCCCGCGUGACCGUGACCCUGGAGACCGGCUCUGGGGCCCUAUCCCAGCCCCUGGUCAAGCUCCAGGCUCGGGCCACGUGCACCUUCACUGGCUUCCUCUCCAGCAAGGUUGUAGGCAGUGGUGACGUAGCAGUAGAGGCAGUUUACUACAACCCCAGACUGGCGGUGUGGGAGCCGCUGCUGGAGCCUCUCUGUUCCUUCACUGAGAAGGGGCCCGUGUACCGCCCGCCGUCCAUUAAAAUAGAGCUGGAGAUGGAGCUGCAGGAGGAGGCGGGCGACAGUCGUCCAGAGAGCGUCGCGUCGUCCCUGCCCAGCGUCCAGGGGCUGGACGGCGCCCAGGGGCUGGAUGUCGCCCAGGAUUUCGAACGCGUGGACGCCGUCCUGCCGCCCAUCUUCUCCCUCAAGCUUCAAGUGCAGGAUCCCCUGGAGUUGAUGGUCAGCAGGAGCUUCCUGGGCGUGGGGCAGACCCUUGCUUCCUCCUACAUGGCCGCCCUACACUCUGGGGAGCUGGGGGGCACGCCCCCUCCCCCUGCCCCCUACACCCUCGUCAACACUACAGGAUACCCCAUCCUGCUCCACCUGCACCUGUCCAAACUCCAGCUUAAACCUGGUGCUGGGGGGGCAGCGGUGCGGGAGGUGGAGGUGGAGAGUGGGGGGGAGGUGGCCCUGUACGGGGCCCCAAGUGGUGGGGCGUCUCACAAGAGGCAGGCGUCCCUUGUGCUGCAGGAGGCAGAACUAAGGACUAAACUUCAUAUUAUG